AUGGCCAAGAAAAUUUCUUAUUUGGAAAAACCAGAAUAUAGUAUUUCUAUUGCUCUUGAGUCAAAAAAUUUUAUCAAAAGUCUAGCAGAUAAGCUUAAUGAUGACAUAGAAAAUUUUAUGAUACAUAAAUUUUAUCCAGGAAUCCUAGACUACCUUGAUAAAUUAAUAGACAGUCAUUCAGGUACAAUUAAAGAAUUGAGAAAAUCUCAGUCUUUAAAGCAAUCCACCUGUUUAGUAUUUGAAGAUGCUAUCAAUGAUGUUAAAGCUGCUUUAAAUGCAGGAAUGCAUGUUGUUUGGGUUCUUGAUCCUUGUUUAGUUGAGUUGUAUCCUAAAAACUAUGGAGAAACAGAAAAACUUGAUUCCCUCGAAUUAUUUGAUCCAAGCAAAAUGGAUUAA